GCAGAGCCCUGAGAGGCAUAGGAUCAGGGACAGAAAGUGCCAACCUCUAUAAGACUCCAUGACCACCUUUGCCCCCACACACUACUUUGAAAUAUUCUCUCCUGACACAACCUGCCUUAGGGACACUACUGACUACUGUUCAGAGACAUGUCUUUCCUCAAAGGCAUUUUGGGCAACUCAGCGGACAAAUAUGUCGACCAGGCAGUGGAUACGGCAGCUAAAGCUGCCAAAGUCAAGGUGAAGACUAUGCUUGACUCUAAGAAGGAUCCCAGCGGGGGAAGCAGUGGUAAAGAGAAGGUGAAGCCCACAGUUGGAGGAGAUGAUUCAAAGAAGAAGGAGUCCAGCAAGGAUAUCAGUGGAGGUAUCGGCGGUAUUGGAGGAUUAAUGGAUGGCAACAAGGGCAAAGAGGAAGGAUGCUUUGGAAGUUUCUUAUCUGGCAAGGAUGAGAAAGAGUCAAGUAGCGGAGGUGGUGACCAAGACCUGAACGACCUACUGGGAGACAUUGCAGGAGAUAUAUCUGGCGAGAAAGAUGGCAACUAGAAGGACAACAGCAACGCAGACCAAGUGUGAUCAUUUGGGAAGUCUCUUUGGCUGAGUCAGACUGAAGCCGUUUCUUUUUCUCAAUGUAAUCUUAAUGGUCCUAUCCCUCUCUCACCUGUGUGUAUUUUCCUCACUAGCAAUGUCUCAAUGAUGUCCCUGUUCCCCAGGGGCAUUUCUCUGAUAUACACAUGGUCUAUGCAUGUCUAAGAUCUGAAUUGGACAUAAGAGGAACUGGAGCUAGGGAUGAACCUAUUCUGGUAACAGAUCAAUCAAACUGACAUACCUCUGGAUAUAGCCUAUGAAGAAUAUUAUGACAACUCAAUACUGUCACAAUGCAUUGUGUAAUGUUAAUGUUUUGUAUUAUAUUUGAAAAGUAAAUAAAAAUGUUUAGCCCAAAAGUCUGUUGAAUGCUCAGAUGAGCAAGGAUCAGACCCUUUAAAAAAAUGUUGGACUAAAAUGACAUACCCAAAUCUAACUCAGGACCUGAUGAUCAAUCUGACAUACCUCUGUAUUACCUAUGAAGAAUAUGAUUUUAUUGACCACCCAAUACUGUCACAAUGCAUUGUGUAAUGUUAAUGUUUUGUAUUAUAUCUUAAAAGUAAAUCAAAAGUUUUUUUAGUUUUAGAUUUCAUUUUUUAAAUUACCUUUAUUUCACUUGGCAAGUCAGUUAAGAACAAACUCUUAUUUACAAUGAUGGCCUACCGGGGAACAGUGGGUUAACUUGUCCAGGGGCAGAACGACAGAUUUUUACCUUGUCAGCUCGGGGAAUCGAUCUGGAAACCUUUUGUUUACUGGCCCAAUGCUCUAACCACUAGGCUACCUGUCGCCUCAAAUGCCUGUCUGAGCAGGGAUCUGACCCCUUUGACAUCACCAAAUCUACCGGACUGUAGCUCAGGACCUGAAGCAAGGAUAUGCAUAUUCUUGAUACCAUUUGAAGUUUGUGUAAAUGUGAAAUUAAUGUCGGAGAACACAUUUGAUCUGGUAAAAGAUAAUACAAACAAAA